AACUGUUUUUAAUUUAUGUAUAACUUUUUUCAUUAUGAAAUACUUUUAAUAUCCAUCUUCAACAGAAAAAUUGUUGAAGUAAGAGAAGAGGAUGAACCUGAAGACUUCUGGAUUAGUUUGGGAGGUAAAGGUGAUUAUGCUCAGACUAGAGGUUUACCAUCCAGGCCAUUGCUAGAACCUCGACUGUUCAAGUUAUCAAAUGAAAGCGGAAGAGCAAUAGUUGAAGAAGUGUGCAAUUUUACCCAAGAAGAUCUGUCAGAAGAUGAUGUGAUGGUCUUGGAUUCUGGCGAUGCCUUGUACAUUUGGAUUGGAAAAGGGGCCAAUGUUGAUGAGAAACAAAUGUCUUUGCAAAUGGCUGAGGAAUAUAUAGUGUCUGAUCCAACUGAUAGAAGUGUAGAAAAUACACUAAUUGUGACAAUUAAGCAAGAUGCAGAACCUGAAGCCUUCAAAUCUUAUUUUGGCCUAUGGAAUCCAGAUUUAUGGGAUGUAAGUUAAACAUAUGAGUUAUCUUCACUGCUGCAGAAAAGCUAAUCUGCUGAUUCAAUUUCAAAAGCUUAGGAAUCCUUUCUGAGAAAGAAUAAAUCAGAUAUUAAACAACUGUUGUAAAAAUAUAAGAUUUAUACUUUCAUAAUAUUAAUCUGCUAUAAAUGUUAGUUAAAUACAGCAGACAUUUUAUUAUCUGCCUUUUCAGCUUAGAGAUAUUCUGUUUUAGCCUCGACAGGGUUCAUAGCCACAUUUUAGUUAAAAAAAAAUAAGCACCUAUAAGCACUUUUCAAGCACAUUUUGAGAAAAAAAUAAGCACUUGUCUAAUUACAUUAUACACAACUGCAUAACCUUAAAA